UUGGGCGUCCCCGUUGCAUAGAAACAGAAACCGUCAACACAGAUUUGUACAGUUCCAAACGGAAAGGUAACAAACUUGUCUUAACAUUUUACGGCGACAGACACAACUGCACAAGAUGGAAAUACGCACAGAUAUAUAAAUGAGAAACAGUCGCCACGCGGUUGUAACCUAAUGUCCGUCGUGACUGCGUAGUUAGCAAGUCACACUGCACAAUUCGGGACAAAAACUCUCGUAUUAAUGCCAUAAAAAUGUUUCCUCGACUGCCGUCGUUGUUUGUUUUAUUUCGUAAACGUUAAAACGUUCACGAGUGUCGGCUAACCGGUCGGCGGCCUCGGUAAGCUACUCUUCGUUAGCCUGUCGAGCUAGUUCGUUCGUAAACACACACAUGUUGAAGGCGUCUUAAACCGAAGAGGCGAACAAAAACACACGACGACGACGUGGUGAAGCAAUGGCUGCCGACGACGAUGACAACAACAUCCCCGAGCUGGACCAAAAGAAGUACGACGCGGACGAGCAAGUCAAGAUCAUCUGUCUAGGAGACAGUGCCGUCGGUAAAUCCAAGCUGAUGGAGAGGUUUCUCCUGGACGAGUAUCGCCCGCAGCAGUUGUCGACGUACGCUUUGACGCUCUACAAACACACAGCCAAGGUGGCCAACAGAACGGUGGCAGUGGAUUUCUGGGACACGGCCGGCCAGGAGAGGUUUCAGAGCAUGCACCCCUCGUACUACCACAAAGCGCACGCUUGCAUCAUGGUUUUUGACAUCCAGAGGAAGAUCACCUACAAGAACUUGGCCAACUGGUACAAGGAGCUGAGAGAGUACAGACCUGAGAUUCCCUGUUGUGUGGUGGCCAACAAGAUCGACGCCGACCUGAAGGUGACCCAGCGGAGUUUCAACUUUGCCAAGAAGAAAGGACUCCCUUUUUAUUUUGUUUCUGCAGCUGAUGGCACUAAUGUCGUCAAGAUGUUCCGAGAGAUGAUCAAGCGGGCCGUGGAAUACAAGCAGAACCCCGGCGACUUCAUGGACGAAGUCAUGCAAGAACUGGAGAAGUUUGAGCUAGAGAAGAAAGAAGCUCAUUCAGAUGCAGAUGGCGGUGACAUUAAGAGAGAGGAGAGCCCAGAGUUGGCCUGACCAAAGUCGCCGUCCUCACGUAUCCAUCCAUGCCCUUGCGAUGAUACGAUGUGACCUCCGCUGCAAGACAACUCAAGUUCGAAUUUGUGUUCUUCAAUGUUUCUCUUCUCCAAUUUACAAGGGGGUCCUCGGUUUAUGACACAGUUCUGUUUCUUCGGCGUCACCCGAAUUCAAAGUCGUAACACGCCAUGGUCUAUUACUAUCCUACACUCAUGCAGUCCUGAAAACGCUUCCAGGCUAUAUAAACUAAUUAAAUGACAAACACUGAGUAUGGCUGUAAUUGAGUCUUUUUAUGCCGCAUGACCACGUAGUCUUACCUCGCUGCAAAAACCAGCUCAUUGCGUGCCGUUUGUAACCUCAAAACCACAAUGCAGUCAUGGAAAAACGGUUUCUUCAAUUUCUUGUUCAUUUUUAAUGCCCGGUACAAGUAAACGUGCAUUUGUUUGGACAAAUAUAAAUGAUGGCAACAAAAAUAGCUCUAGAGUAAGAGCGCAUAUUCCGUAUUUUCCACGGUUUUCUCAAUAGUAACCACAAUCACUGGGGAUACAAUUCAGCUUAAGCGUUUGAAAUAGGACAUAAUGGACAGUGGAAUCACCUGCAUUUUUGUCGUGUUUUUUGUAAAACCUUUAGUGGUGGCAGGCAUUAAAAUGAACAAGAAACGGAAGAAACACAGGUCCCAGUCGAAUCGCUUUUUCCACCGAGGACCCCGUGUAAUUUGUAUCUUGGUUACCUGCUGCAAGAAUUGGGUGAUUAUCUCAUUUAUCAUUACAUUUACACAUUUUUGUAGAAUUGAUUUUUUUAGAUCAAGAAUGUUUGUUUAAGAGCGAUAAAGCAGUCAUUAUUAUGUUACUAGAAUUGCAAAUUUCUGGGAAUUUUCAAAGUUGGAAAUUUCCCAAUCGAAAUGCAAUUUAGAAAAUAAAAAAAGGUGUUUUAACUGCCUAUAGAUGGCACAAGAUGGCAGCAAUGCACUACUGAAAGAACGACGCUCCUAAUCGCACUCCAAUUCCCCAUGCAAAUUUCUCAUGGAAAUUUAAAAGAAACUUUCCUGACAUUUUCCACAACUUUGCCAUCUUAGAUGUCUUGUAAUAAGAAUGUGAACCACUUUGUCAUUGACGCUGUUCUCUGUGUUGUUUGGUCUCCAGUUGCUGCAUUAGUUUCAGGGUGCGCAUGCCGUUUGCCGGCAGCAGCACUUUACACGAGUCAUCAACAUUGUCGUUUUCAGACUGGAAGACAAAGAAUGUAAUCCUUUUUAUUUCAACGUUGUCAAUAAACUGUGUAAGUGUUGUGAAUUGUGAAUAAAUGUACCAAAGCGCUGA